CACCGCACAAUGAACUGUCACAAAAUAAUGAUCAUGUAGGUUUUCUUUCACAAAAAUCUAUUGUAUUCGCCUGUGGAGUUCAGUGUGAUCACCAAAACCAUGGAAAAGCAUAAGAAUAGAAAGACGAAAGGUCGAGGAAUUCGACAGGAGAAGUCGGAAGUCAGCUGUUGUAUGAAAUAUUUGAUGUUUGGAUUUAAUGUUCUAUUCUGGCUUGUUGGUGCAGGGAUUUGUGGAAUAGGGCUUUGGGCCUGGACAGAAAAAGACAUGUUCUCCAACAUUGGCAAGAUAACCACAGUGACCCUUGACCCUGCCCUCAUCUUCAUCAUCAGUGGAGGAGUGAUGUUUGUCAUUGGUUUUUGUGGAUGUAUUGGUGCCCUCAGGGAAAACACAUGUCUCCUUAUGUUUUUUUCUGUGUCAGUUGGCCUGAUUUUUGCUGUGGAACUUCUCUUUGGUGUUCUGGCUUUUGCAUACAAAGACUGGAUAAAGAAUCAGAUUGAGUCCCAGGUGAAGAAUAUGAUCAUCAAUUACAGGGAAGACUUGGAUUUACAGAACCUGAUAGACUGGGUCCAGCAGGAUUGGCUACACUGUUGUGGGGUAAACAGCUAUGCAGACUGGGAACUGAACCGCUAUUUCAACUGCUCCUCCCAAGGCAGCAUUGAGGCAUGUGGUGUACCAUUCUCAUGCUGCAAACCCACCACAGAUCUUAUCAAGAACCACCACUGUGGAUUUAAAAUGAUCAAUAAUGCAGACAGAGAGAACAAGAUUUACACAGAAGGCUGUAUUUCCCUGGGGGAAAAAUGGUUGGAGACAAACUUGAUCCCUGUGGCAGCAAUAGCAGUUGGUAUAGCUGUUGUGCAGAUUUUAGGCAUUUGUUUUGCAUCCAUAUUGCGAUGUGAUGUGAAUGCCCAGAAAGCCAAGUGGGGUUACAAUGACUGACCAGACUGACCAGGCAGCAGCUAACUGUCUGUGUACCGGUACACAGUGGUCAGGAAUCAGAGACCAGGCAGCAGCUAACUGUCUGUGUACGGGUACACAGUGGUCAGGAAUCAGAGCUCAGUCUGUGUUAUAGGCUGUUCUGUACAACAUCUUUCUAUUUCUUAACAGCUAUGUCUAUGCUCUCUGAAAAUUUAAGAUAUCUUUAUAAUGUGAAUGUAGUGAACUCUGUGAUUCAUUCCAUGUUAAGAACAGCUUAUUUACCCAUUGAAACAGUUGGGUCAGAUCAAGUAUCAAACAGUACAUGCAGUUUAGGUUUUAUUUGAAAACUUUCAUUUUGUCCUAUUUACAAUUUUACUUAAUGUGCAAUGCCUUUUGAAUAUGGAACAUGUAUGCUUGUACAAUAUUUCUCUUUUUACGAGUAUCAUAUAGAUAAUUCAAAGGAAAUGUUGUAAUUUUUAUCCUAAGUGAUUGUUUAUAGCUAGCUAUACCAUGAUCAUUCCUGCACAUUGUGAACAAAGCUAUCGUUGAUCCCCUCACUCAUAACAUAGUUGUGUGUCUAUUCUUCAUAGUUUCCUCCAAAGUCCAUUUUUGUUAUGCUAUUUACAGCAAAUUUUGCUUAUAUUUUUUUCUUUUAGUUUGGUUUAUGUUUUAUAUGCUUUAAUUUAAGAUGGUUGUGCAUUCCUUUAUACAAAAACCUAUACAUGUAAUCAUGCAUAUCCUCCUGUAAGUAGGCAUUUUGUUUUAUGAUUUUAUUUUAAAAGUUUAUCAAUCUGUUCUUUACAAAUUUUAUUUUUGUUUUAUUUUGCUUUAACUUGUUAGUUUUGAUGUAUAGGGAAAUCAAAAUUUUAAUUUCUGUGAACUACCCUAAAAAAGAUUUGAUAAUUUUAUGAUUUACAGACUGCAUCAACAAAUUCUGUAUCUCACAGGCACAUAGCAUCGGGGGGGGGGGGGGGGGGGGGGGCAUAUAAAAAAAUGAAUUAUAAUGGAGUUGGCCCCCCCACUUUUUUGGAAGUUAGUAAAAAAUUGAUAUGAAAAUAAGGAAAUGAGUAGUCAAAUUGAAGUUACCCCCCCCCCCCCCAUGGAUUAGGAAUUUCAUGAUUCGGAGGAAAAAAAAUUUUGGAAAGGAAGAAUUUUUUUUGGAAGUAUAGUUGAAUCUAACCCCCCUGCUGUUAUUCCAGGCAAGCUAUACUCCGUCCUCGGGUUCAUGAUCUUUUAGCCAUAUAUACAAGUGUAAAAAGCUUUUUGUUUGUGAAUUUUUAUUCAAUGCAUGACUUUUAUUUAUUCAUACCGUAUAUGAUUUUUAAUAAUUGUAUUUAUAAACUCUUACUUUUUGUUUUCAUAAAUUUUUUAUUGUUAUUUUGAAAGGAGCGAUACAUGUUUAAAAAUGUUUUGAUUGAAAAAUGUUUUAUUUACAUAUCUUAAUAUUUAUACAUGUAUAUGGAAUUUUGCAAUUUCUAAAAAUGAAAUGAAUUUGAAACAGAACAUUGUAUGAUAGGCAUUUAGAGUUUAAUACCAAAUUUGAUAUAGCAAAAUGAAUUUUAAGAUGUAUAUCAUACAUUUUGUUGUUUGUAUUUCCUCAAAAUUCACACUUUGAAUAAAAUUAUAUGUCCAGAAAUUUAUGAAGGUGAUCCUUGAAAUGUUUAAAAUGAAAUAAAAUGUGUAAUAUAUUUUCUA